UUCUCAAUACCGAUCAGCUUUAAAGUGAGUAAAAAGAAAAUUAAGAGAAUUGUGAAAAUUAUAAAAAAUAACUUGGCUCCUCUUUGUCAAUGAUUUAAUGUAAUUGUUUUGUUGAUUCAACCUGUGUUUUUUGACCUUGUGCAUCAUUUACAGAGAUUUUUCAAUAACUUAUUAUGUAAUCACAUCUUUAUCCCUCCAUAACUAAUCUAUCGUUUCCAUAAUUGUAUUUUUGAAUUUAUUUUGAAAUUUUCGUUCUGCUGUUUAUCUGAAAAGAUUAAUCUGAAAAUUAAUAACAUCUUUAUUUUAACAAAUGCUUUCUGAACAUCCUCUUUCAUUAUGAUUGGUGGUAUCAAUUAUUUUAUUAUCCCAUUUUUGAUUGACAGAACAAAUGGAAAACAAUACUCAUGAGUUUCAUAGUCGCACCACAAGACAUCACUUAUCCAAUCUGCUGCACACUACUAAUCAUUUCUACGACUACCAAAAAAUAUCAUCAUCACUAAAAUUUGCCCAUUUUUACCAUUUUUAUCUUUUGAUUUGGAAUCUCCACAUUUAUAACCUCCAUGACUUCAAUAUCAGAUUUGCCUGUUUGCAUACUGAUUCAGAUUUUUUCUCAUAUUAAAACGAUCAGGCAAACUGCUGAUCUUCGUCUUGUUUGCCAACAAUGGAAUCAACUUAUUCUCCGUUAUUGGUCCCGACGAGAAAAGUAUACAAUGACUCAAUACAUUACAAGCCCGGAGUCAUUUCUCGAGUAUGCAUCUGCUAUUGCUAAGCGGCAUCCCAGAAUAAAAGAGCUCUCAGUUGAACCAGUUAAUAAAUUUGCUAAUCCAGCCACUAUUGAAGAUGUACCAAGCCAUUAUGAUGUUAUUGGCAAACUAUUUCUUUCACUGGAAAAGUUGAACUUCAUUGACACUUUAAUGGAAGAUGAAGUUUUGAACGCGAUUGUCAAAAACUGUCCCAAAUUGCGGUCCCUUUCUUUACAAUCCUGCCAUGAAAUAAGUGAUACUGGUUUAUCACUUGCAAUUAAAAAUGCCCCUCAUAUUAAGGAGUUGGAAUUAAUUUGUUGCCCUGAAGUUGAUUCGGACCUGGCUCCUGCUUGUCGACAUCUUUCUGCCCUUUCAUUCGAAAAUUGUCCCUUUGAUGCAGAUAGUUGGACUAAAUUAUCAGAAGCAGGUGGAAAAGAAAAUCUAGAGAAAAUUGCAGCCUGUCCUAUGAAAUACGAUACCCUUUGUUUGAUCAGUCAAAAAUUCCCGCAUUUGAAAGACAUAUAUAUUAAUGAAUUUGAUGAUGAAGAUCAAUUUAUUUCCGAAAAUUACCAUGGUUUUCCAUCACUGGAAACUUUACGCAUUACUUUCGGUAGUGUUUCCGACAAAAGCAAAUUGCUUCAAAUAACAUCUAAAUGUGGUAAAAUUCGAACACUUUGGGUAUGGAAUUGUAUCAAUUCAGCGACACCAACGUUCAUUGCAGAAGUACUAGAACAGCAUGUGAACAGUGUCGAACAUCUCAUCUUGGAUGACAAUCCGGCUGGACAACUUGAGAAAAUUGAUUUAAGAAAUUUUUCUAAACUAAAAAAAAUCACGAUUAUUGGAACUACUUUGACCAAUCAAUUAAUACAACGUAUAAUAGAUGCAAGUCCAUGUUUAAGAUUUUUGGACAUAUCUGAUUGUGUUCCUCCGAGUAAACUCGACAUAAAAGCAACGCAUAAUGACUUUUGGUUGAAUACACGGCCCUUGCCUCAAAGACCGUCCAAUAUCGGUAUUGACCCACCUUACAGAGCUGGUUAUAGAACUAACUACGAAGCUUAUGAAGGUCCUAUUCUUGAAUUGAGCUGUGGAGAUAAACCUAAAUAUUAUUACAAGGUGCAUGACAAAUGAAACCUCAUACCAGAACUAAAUUUAAUGCAGCAAACAACGAAUGUUUUGAUUAAGUAUUUGAUCAUGCAAUAUUUUUGGGCCAUUUACAGCUCAUCUGAUUUUCAUUAUUUUUUAUCACAUGAUUUCAGAUUAACUUCACUCUCUUGAAUCGAGAAAAUAAAAGUUUUAUUGAGUGUCAAAA